CUCUUCGACGAAAAUUCUCACUAAUAAACUGUCAGUAAUAUAAUGAAAAUCACCUAUAUCCUCAAUGGCUUCUUCAAUAUCUCCAAAUCCUUCACCAAGAUCACCGAAACCGUCUGCUCGAUCUCCAAAACCCGAUAGAAGGAGAGCUCUUCUAGCUGCGAAGAAGAAAAAAGAAUGUAACGCUAGAGCACAGAAAGUAGUCGAAGAAUUCAUCGAUGGAACUAACGACCAGACUUACUUUCUAUCACAGCUACGAUGGAUAAAUCAGUCCCAUUAUCAAGAUAUAAUCGAAGAACGAACCAUAAUGAAGCACUGUGGGUAUCCAUUAUGUAGCCAGAUUUUGGGCCCAGUUCCUAAACAAAAAUAUCACAUCUCAACAACUGAAAAUAAAGUCUACGAUAUAACUGAGAGAAAGUCUUUCUGCAGUAACCAGUGCUACAAAGCUAGUAUCUUCUUGAAGAAUCAGCUUUACACUAGUCCAUUAUGGCUUCGAGAGAAAGAACCUGUACCAAACUUUACAUUAUUCCAUAGUUCAAUGGUUCUCACCGUUGAAGAUAUCGAUUUUGGAAUUGAUACUCUUAGAAUCACCGAUGAUCUAGAACGUUCGGCUCCUGAUUCGUCAUCGUAACGAAGGAUAAUUCCUGGAACCUGAGAAAGAUCCUUUUUCCAAUCUUACGUGUCUUCGUUCAUCUUGUUUUGGAAUGUCGUACGAAGUAUUGAAAUCAAACGUACCAAUCGUUCGUUUCACUUCGACACGAAUAUUUGAUUAUACGAGACGAAUACGUACGGUUAACCGAGUAACCAUCGUAACAAAGAAUUCUUCAACGUAUUGAAGUACAUAUAAAUAAAGAAAACCAAAUUAAUAAGAAACAUUUUGUAUAUAUUUUCGUGAUAAAUAAAGCGUUAAAAAUAA